CAGUGUUGCGUUAAUUUUUUCCUCUCUUGCCUGCUGUUAGUACUGUUUGGUACCAUUCAGUUGUGCAUGGUGCGCCAUCGAGCAGCCACCGUUAUCGUCUGCCCGUUGGUUUGGCCUCCUUUCUCGACAACUCUUCAAAAUCUCGACGCUUUCAGAAGAAAGUAUUGAUUUUGGUUGCAGCAGAUCGAACAAAAUAUCGAUUUGUUUGAUUUAAUUUGCAUGGGAUUAUUUAUAUUAUUGCAGAGAUGACCGUUACCAUAAUUUCCAAACACGAACUGAUACCUGAUGGCGAUUCUUCGGACAACGAAACCUGCUGUACAACGUACGAGAGUGUCAAGGAGCAGCCUCAUCCACACGAUCACACGGAAUCUUUGCUCGAAGAUUUAGAAGUGUGUGAAACUAUUGAAAAAUACGAGAAAAAUGGGCAAUACGAGGAAGUUUACUAUCAGAAGGCCAGAGUUUUAUUAAAUUUCGAGGAUGCGCCAGUAUAUAUGCAACAUAACGAGUAUAUAAGACGAGGUUACAGAGGAAUGCUUGAUACUUCGAUGUGUAUGGAGAGUAUUUUUUGGUGGACAAACGAAACGAUCAACAUAUGGUCCCAUAUUUUUGGUUUAGUCCUUUUCAUAUCUUUAACAAUUUUUGAUCUAAUAAUACUGAAGAUUGAUGCUCCGCUCAGCGACAAGAUUCUUGUAGGAACUAUUUUAAUAUGCUUUCAGUUAUGUAUGGGGUUAUCAGCAUUAUAUCACACAUUCUGCUGCAGAUCAGAAGAGGAUUGUAAUUACUAUCUGUCCUACGAUUUAUUUGGAAUUGCUCUCUCGUUAUAUGGGAUAUACGUUUCGGGAAUAUAUUACGGCUUUUGGUGUGACCAAUUGUUGAAGAACUUUUAUUUAAUUACUGUAACGGUCAUAUUCAUAAUAGCCAUGAUAUUGCAAAUUCCAAGAUUAAACAUUAACACUAACAUCAAGAUGAUCACGUUUGUCUCGUGGGCAGCAUAUGGAGUUGUACCCACUUUCCACUGGGCUAUCAAAAUGGGUAGUUUUGAAAAUCCUCUUGUUGCUAUGAUGUUACCGAGAGUUUUCGGAAUGUACGCAAUUAGCGGUACUGCGUUUUUCAUCUACAUUGCCAAAAUCCCGGAAAGAUUUUUAGCUGGAAAAUUCGAUUAUAUCGGCCAUUCUCACCAGUGGUGGCAUUUCUUCGUAGUGGGAGCGUUAUAUUAUUGGCACAAUACAGGAAUGAUGUACGUAGAAUACAGAUUGAACCAUGCCUGUGCGAAUAGCUUGAGGAUACCAUAGAAUAUGUUACUUUAAGUUAUUUGAAUUAUUUAAGUAUUAUUUUUAUUGGUAUAUCUUAAGCUAUAUACAUUUAUGUUUGUUAUUAUUUUAUUAAAAUGUGAUACUUUUUUACUUUAUUUUUUACCAAUUUUUAUGUAUGUUUUGCGUUUGUUAAUAUUUAUAUCUAAUUUGACAUUAAUUUGUUCAAUUAUAAAAAAAAUAAUUUGUC